AUGUCGGUUUUUCAUGACGAGAUAGAGAUUGAAGAUAUGGAAUAUGAUGCAGAACUGGAGACUUACUUUUAUCCCUGCCCCUGCGGGGACCGAUUUCAAAUCACAAGGGAAGAUUUACUCAGUGGCGAUGACGUUGCCCAGUGCCCGAGUUGCUCUCUAUUCAUUCGAGUAAUUUAUGACGUGGAUCAGUUACCAGGCUCUGAGGUUACCGCUCCGGUGGCGAUCGCUGUUGCCUGACGAUCAUUGCAAGAUCUAUUUUGUGAUACUUAUUCAACAUCUUAUUUUCGGUAAUUUAAGAGAACCUUAUCUAUGAUGCCACUCAUGUACAACUUCGAAUAGCAUUUUCUGGCUGCUAUGAAGUAAUAAAACGUGAUAUGGAU